ACUAUGACCGUCCUGACACACCUGGGCCUAAGACCAGCAGCUUCUACCUGGUGCAAGGCAGCAGUGUGGAGGGAGGCUUGCAGCCUCUUCAGGAUCUGCUGACUGCAUGCCUAGGAGUGCGAGGUCGCGUGCUUAAGACUCGCCACCUUUACCUGCUGGGGCAAACUCGUCUGCAUGUAGAUCGUGUUGUGGGGCUAGGAGACUUCAUGGAGCUCGAGGUCGUUCUGAAAGAGGGUCAAAGUGCUGCAGAGGGCGAAGUGAUCGCUGAGGAUAUCAGGAGGAAAUUAGGAGUGAGAGAUGAAGACCUUCUUUCUGGUGCCUACAUGGACAUGAUCGAAAAGAAGACUUGAGUUCAACCAUCAGCCUUAAAAUUAUCUACUUUAUAAUUUGAGAGAAGUACUGAAUAUAGACCUAUACUUUCACAAGACAGAUUUUAACAUUAAAGCCGCCAUAUUUAGUGUGCAGAAAACUUAAGUGGUAGUAUGAAUGUUAUCUUCGGCUGCAAAAUACUGAAUUUUUCAAAUUAAAGUGUAGUUUCAGGUUAAUGUCUAUGAAAAUUCCAUGUCAUUUAAGGACGUUAUGUGGACGUACAGUUAUGUCAUUUAAAAAAACAUUCUUGAGUUCAAGUUUGUAUAAUUUUUUGUUUAUUUAGCUAGAUUUUAUACCCAAAUAAAUGUUGUUAACAUGAU